GCCUCCCCCCGCCGCCGUACCGCAUAUCGGCUAAGAGUGGCUCAUCCUCCUCCUCCCUCCCCUUGUCUGGAAGGGGAUAGUCAGCGUGGAAUCUGGUUGCAUGCUGGGCCGGCAAAUUCAGUUUGCGUGUCUCUCCGGAGCAUUACGGCUCCCUUUCCCGGCUCCUGCUGCUGCUCCAGGCUGAGGAGCAGCCGCGAGGAAGGCGAGGGGAGACGCGCCGUGCUUCCAGCCGGAGCAGCCGCAGCCAUAGCCAUGGCCGAGCGCCGCGCCUUUGCCCAGAAGAUCAGCAGAACUGUGGCAGCAGAAGUCAGGAAGCAGAUCUCGGGGCAGUAUGGCGGGUCUCCUCAACUUCUCAAAAACCUUAGCAUUGGAGGAAGUGUCUCCCAUCAUACAACUGUUCCACUUACGGAAGCUGUGGAUCCAGUGGAUUUGGAAGAUUACCUUAUUACUCAUCCGCUUACAAUGGAUUCCGGUCCUUUGAGGGACUUGCUUGAAUUUCCUGCAGAUGAUAUUGAAGUUGUGUAUAGUCCUCGAGAAUGUAGGACUCUUGUGUCAGCUGUACCCGAAGAGAGUGAAAUGGACCCUCAUGUGAGGGAUUGUGUAAGAAGUUACACAGAAGAUUGGGCAAUUGUGAACAGAAAAUAUCACAAACUGGGAACCGGAUUUAAUCCCAACACAUUAGACAAACAGAAAGAGAGGCAAAAAGGGCUCCCGAAACAGAUCUUCGAGUCGGAUGAGACUCCAGAUGGCAACAGUUACCAAGAUGAACAAGAUGACCUUAAAAGGCGUUCAAUGUCAAUAGAUGAUACUCCACGGGGCAGCUGGGCAUGCAGUAUUUUUGAUCUGAAGAACUCCCUUCCUGAUGCUCUUCUUCCAAACCUACUUGACCGAACUCCAAAUGAGGAAAUUGACCAUCAAAAUGAUGACCAGAGGAAGUCAAACAGACACAAGGAGCUUUUUGCAUUGCAUCCAGCACCAGAUGAGGAGGAGCCUAUCGAACGGCUUUGUGUCCCAGAAGUACCCAAAGAACAUUUUGGUCAGAGGCUUCUUGUGAAGUGUUUGUCUCUUAAAUUUGAAAUUGAAAUUGAACCCAUUUUUGCAAGUUUGGCUUUGUAUGAUGUUAAAGAAAAGAAAAAGAUUUCAGAGAACUUCUACUUCGAUUUAAACUCUGAACAAAUGAAAGGAAUGCUGCGUCCUCAUGUCCCACCUGCUGCCAUUACCACUCUGGCCAGAUCAGCCAUCUUUUCUAUUACUUAUCCCUCUCAGGAUGUCUUUCUGGUAAUAAAGCUGGAAAAAGUAUUACAGCAGGGGGAUAUUGGCGAAUGCGCAGAGCCCUAUAUGAUUUUUAAAGAAGCUGAUGCCGCAAAGAAUAAAGAGAAACUGGAAAAGUUGAAAAGCCAAGCAGAACAGUUUUGUCAAAGAUUAGGCAAAUAUCGAAUGCCUUUUGCCUGGACAGCCAUCCAUUUAAUGAACAUAGUCAGCAGUGCUGGAAGUUUGGAGAGAGAUUCCACAGAAGUAGAAAUUGGCACAGGAGAACGCAAAGGAUCUUGGUCAGAGAGACGGAAUUCCAGUAUUGUUGGAAGGCGUUCAUUAGAAAGGACAACCAGUGGAGAUGAAACUUGCAACCUUACUAGCUUUAGACCAGCUACUCUUACGGUGACAAACUUCUUUAAACAGGAAGGGGAUCGCUUGAGUGAUGAAGAUUUGUACAAGUUCCUUGCAGAUAUGAGAAGACCAUCUUCCGUUUUACGAAGGUUGAGACCCAUUACAGCUCAGCUGAAGAUAGACAUAUCUCCAGCCCCAGAGAAUCCUCAUUACUGUCUAACUCCAGAAUUGCUGCAAGUCAAACUUUACCCAGAUAGCAGAGUUAGACCUACAAGAGAGAUACUGGAGUUUCCUGCUCGGGAUGUGUAUAUUCCAAAUACUACUUAUAGAAAUCUUCUAUAUGUCUACCCUCAGAGCCUUAACUUUGCCAACCGGCAAGGCUCUGCCAGGAAUAUCACUGUGAAAGUCCAGUUUAUGUAUGGAGAGGAUCCAAGCAAUGCCAUGCCAGUUAUCUUUGGUAAAUCUAGCUGUUCUGAAUUUUCAAAAGAAGCAUACACAGCGGUAGUAUAUCAUAACAGGUCGCCUGAUUUUCAUGAAGAAAUCAAAAUUAAACUCCCUGCCACUUUAACUGAUCAUCACCACCUGCUUUUUACUUUCUAUCAUGUCAGUUGCCAACAAAAACAAAACACUCCUCUUGAGACGCCAGUUGGAUACACUUGGAUACCAAUGCUUCAGAAUGGACGUUUGAAGACUGGUCAGUUCUGCCUACCUGUUUCAUUGGAAAAACCACCACAGGCUUAUUCAGUGCUUUCUCCAGAGGUGCCCCUUCCUGGAAUGAAGUGGGUAGAUAAUCACAAAGGAGUUUUCAAUGUAGAAGUUGUUGCUGUAUCAUCCAUCCACACACAGGACCCUUACCUCGACAAAUUCUUUGCACUUGUUCAUGCUCUGGAUGAGCACAUGUUCCCUGUGCGAAUAGGAGACAUGAGACUUAUGGAGAACAAUUUGGAAAAUGAAUUGAAGAGCAGCAUUUCAGCUUUAAAUUCAUCUCAGCUGGAGCCAGUAGUGCGAUUUCUUCAUCUCCUGCUUGACAAGCUGAUUCUUCUGGUAGUGAGACCUCCUGUCAUUGCAGGCCAAAUAGUUAACCUGGGUCAAGCAUCUUUUGAAGCGAUGGCAUCAAUCAUAAACAGACUCCACAAAAACUUAGAAGGAAACCAGGACCAGCAUGGCAGAAACAACCUUCUCACUUCCUAUAUUUAUUAUGUUUUUCGUCUACCAAAUACCUAUCCCAAUUCACCUUCACCAGGUCCCAGUGGUUUGGGGGGAUCCGUGCAUUACGCUACUAUGGCUCGAUCAGCCAUCCGACCAGCAAGCCUUAAUUUGAAUCGCUCAAGGAGUCUUAGUAACAGCAAUCCGGAUAUAUCUGGGACUCCAACCUCACCAGAUGAUGAAGUACGGUCAAUCAUUGGAAGUAAGGGUUUAGACCGCUCCAAUUCCUGGGUAAACACUGGUGGUCCCAAAGCUGCCCCAUGGGGAUCCAACCCCAGUCCAAGUGCAGAGUCAACACAGGCUACAGAUCGAAGUUGUAAUCGUAUGUCUUCGCACACAGAGACGUCAAGUUUCUUACAAACAUUAACAGGACGGUUACCAACUAAAAAGCUUUUUCAUGAAGAGCUGGCCUUACAGUGGGUCGUCUGCAGUGGAAGUGUUCGGGAGGCAGCUUUACAGCAGGCAUGGUUCUUCUUCGAGCUUAUGGUGAAGAGUAUGGUGCAUCAUUUGUAUUUUGCUGACAAACUGGAUGCUCCAAGGAAGAAUCGUUUUCCGGAACGUUUUAUGGAUGACAUAUGUGCUCUGGUCAGCACAAUUGCCAAUGAUAUAGUCUCUCGGUUUCAGAAGGAUACAGAAAUGAUUGAAAGGCUCAACACCAGUCUUGGAUUUUUCCUCAAUGAUCUGCUAUCUAUCAUGGAUCGAGGGUUUGUCUUUAGCCUUAUUAAGGCCUGCUACAAACAGGUGUCUUCAAAGCUUUAUUCCUUACCAAAUCCAAGCAUCCUUGUAUCCUUGAGGCUGGACUUCCUCCGCAUUAUCUGCAGCCAUGAGCACUACGUCACCUUGAAUUUACCCUGUAGCCUACUCACGCCACCUGCAUCUCCCUCACCGUCUGUGUCUUCGGCAACUUCUCAGAGUUCUGGAUUCUCUACAAAUGUCCAAGACCAGAAGAUUGCAAAUAUGUUUGAAUUGUCUGUGCCUUUCCGCCAGCAGCAUUACUUGGCAGGGCUUGUGUUAACAGAGCUGGCUGUCAUUUUAGAUCCUGAUGCUGAAGGUUUGUUUGGAUUGCAUAAGAAGGUCAUCAAUAUGGUACACAAUUUACUGUCCAGUCAUGACUCCGAUCCACGGUACUCUGACCCACAGGUAAAGGCCCGGGUGGCUAUGCUGUAUCUACCUCUGAUUGGCGUGAUCAUGGAAACCGUGCCUCAGCUAUAUGAUUUUACAGAGACUCACAAUCAGCGAGGAAGGCCAAGCUGUGUCACCAUCGACGAUUAUGAAAGCGAAGGUGGAAGCAUGAUAAGUCAAACAGUUGCUAUGGCCAUUGCAGGAACAUCCGUCCCUCAGCUCACCCGACCCAGCAGUUUUCUACUCACAUCAACGACUGGUCGGCAGCACUCAACCUUCUCAGCAGAAUCAAGCCGGAGCCUCUUGAUCUGCCUCUUGUGGGUUCUCAGGAAUGCCGACGAAAGCGUCCUGCAGAAAUGGUUCACAGACCUCUCCGUGCUGCAGCUCAAUCGCUUGCUGGAUUUGCUGUAUCUCUGCGUUUCCUGUUUUGAGUACAAGGGCAAGAAAGUAUUUGAAAGAAUGAACAGUCUGACAUUUAAGAAGUCAAAGGACAUGAGAGCAAAACUUGAAGAAGCUAUUUUGGGAAGCAUAGGAGCGAGGCAAGAAAUGGUGCGAAGAAGCAGAGGGCAGCUAGAAAGAAGUCCAUCUGGGAGUGCGUUUGGAAGUCAGGAGAAUCUAAGAUGGAGAAAGGAUAUGACUCACUGGCGUCAAAACACAGAAAAGCUUGACAAAAGCCACAGACCACUCAGAUCAAGGGCAGAGAUAGAACAUGAAGCACUUAUUGAUGGAAAUCUUGCAACUGAAGCAAAUCUGAUUAUUUUGGAUACAUUAGAAAUAGUUGUCCAGACUGUGUCUGUGACGGAAUCCAAAGAGAGCAUUCUCGGUGGGGUGCUGAAAGUUCUUCUCCACAGCAUGGCCUGUAAUCAGAGUGCACUUUAUCUGCAACACUGCUUCGCCACACAGAGAGCUCUGGUUUCAAAGUUCCCUGAGCUGCUGUUCGAAGAGGAGACCGAGCAGUGUGCUGAUCUCUGCCUGAGGCUUCUGCGACAUUGCAGCAGCAGCAUUAGUACCAUACGGUCCCACGCGAGUGCCUCUCUUUACCUCCUUAUGAGGCAGAACUUCGAGAUUGGAAAUAACUUUGCCAGAGUGAAAAUGCAGGUGACCAUGUCCCUCUCGUCCCUGGUGGGAACGUCCCAGAAUUUCAAUGAGGAAUUUUUGAGACGUUCUCUGAAGACUAUUUUGACGUACGCUGAAGAAGAUCUGGAACUCCGGGAGACGACAUUCCCAGAUCAGGUUCAGGAUCUUGUGUUCAACCUCCAUAUGAUCCUGUCUGAUACAGUUAAAAUGAAGGAACACCAGGAAGAUCCAGAAAUGCUGAUAGACUUGAUGUACAGAAUUGCGAAGGGCUAUCAAACUUCCCCAGAUCUGCGACUGACCUGGUUACAGAACAUGGCUGGAAAGCAUUCUGAAAGGAGCAAUCAUGCUGAAUCUGCCCAGUGUUUGGUCCACUCAGCAGCCCUCGUGGCUGAAUAUUUAAGCAUGCUUGAGGAUCGAAAAUACCUUCCUGUAGGGUGUGUAACAUUUCAGAACAUAUCUUCUAAUGUUUUGGAAGAAUCCGCAGUUUCUGAUGAUGUUGUCUCACCAGAUGAAGAAGGUAUCUGUUCCGGGAAGUAUUUUACAGAAGCCGGUCUGGUGGGAUUGCUGGAACAGGCUGCAGCGUCUUUCUCCAUGGCUGGCAUGUAUGAAGCAGUUAACGAGGUUUACAAAGUCCUUAUUCCUAUUCAUGAAGCUAACAGAGAUGCCAAGAAACUGUCCACAAUUCAUGGUAAACUCCAAGAAGCAUUCAGCAAAAUUGUUCAUCAGAGUACUGGCUGGGAGGAUGGAAAGCGGAUGUUUGGUACAUACUUCCGGGUUGGUUUUUACGGGACUAAAUUUGGAGACUUGGAUGAACAAGAAUUUGUGUACAAGGAGCCUGCGAUAACAAAGCUAGCCGAAAUUUCCCAUAGACUGGAGGGAUUUUACGGCGAGCGAUUUGGUGAAGAUGUGGUUGAAGUGAUUAAGGACUCUAACCCUGUAGACAAAUGCAAACUAGAUCCUAACAAGGCCUACAUUCAAAUAACCUAUGUGGAGCCCUACUUUGACACAUACGAGAUGAAGGACAGGAUAACCUAUUUUGACAAAAACUACAACCUGCGGCGUUUCAUGUACUGCACGCCCUUCACCCUGGACGGACGUGCUCAUGGGGAGCUGCAUGAACAAUUCAAGCGGAAGACAAUCUUGACGACCUCCCAUGCUUUUCCUUACAUCAAAACCAGAAUAAAUGUCAGUCACAAAGAAGAGAUAAUUUUGACACCCAUUGAAGUUGCCAUAGAGGACAUGCAGAAAAAAACACAAGAAUUAGCUUUUGCAACUCAUCAAGAUCCAGCAGACCCAAAGAUGCUCCAAAUGGUGCUGCAAGGUUCAGUAGGUACAACGGUAAAUCAGGGACCAUUAGAAGUUGCACAGGUUUUCUUGUCUGAUAUACCCAAUGAUCCAAAGCUCUUCAGACACCAUAACAAACUACGGCUCUGUUUCAAAGACUUCACAAAAAGGUGUGAAGAUGCAUUACGCAAAAACAAAAGCCUGAUAGGUCCAGACCAAAAGGAAUAUCAGCGGGAGCUUGAAAGGAACUAUCACCGGCUCAAGGAAGCGCUCCAGCCCUUGAUAAAUAGAAAGAUCCCGCAGUUAUACAAGGCAGUUUUGCCUGUUGCUUGCCACAGAGACUCCUUCAGCAGAAUGAGCCUUCGCAAAAUGGACAUCUAAACAAGUUUUCAAAAAUGCACUUAAUAUUAAGGUAUUGAAAAGAGCAAGCCAUGUUGUCAACGUUGGGAAUCAAAGAAGUUUUAUUGAGAAAUAAAACUUGGACUUCAUCCUGGACACCAUACAUACACACGUUUUACUUACUUACAUUGAAGUGUAAAGUGGCCAAAAAUUUAUUCUGAAUUGUCAAAUGUAGACUUAUUGAUGUUUUAAAAAAAAUCAUGGCAGUGGUAUGCAAAGUACUGGUGAUAUGCUGUAAACUUACCUGUUUUUAAGGCAUUUUUAUGACUCAAAGGUACACUAAAUGCAUUUACCAUUAUUUAUAGCAUUACCUACCAUUAAAUUUAUUUCCUUUUUAGUUCAUAUAUUUAAUUUAUAUUGGGAGCAUUGCAGAUGCAUUUUUGAACAGUUUUUAAUGUAGUGCUGGUUAUUUCAAUGGUACUAUUAAAUAUGUGAAUGUUUACAUUUUAA